AGCGCGCUGUGUCUUGACGAUCAGUUCCGAUCGGUGCGGUGGAAAACGUGUAGUGUGUUUGUUUGUGGUGUGAAUUUGUUUGAAAUUACUGAAUCAAACAGCCAUUUCUUUCGCGACGCGCACCUGUGGAACGAAAACAGCUGGACGGACGCUAACUAAUGCGAGGCCACAUAUAAAUUGCAGGUGAGUGUCCGCGGAAGGUGCCACGUUGCUGAGGUACGCCUGGUCGUCUCGCCGGACACGUCGACUGUGGGCGGGCGGAUGCUGACAGCCUGGAAAUUGGUAGAUCUUGCCGACGGGACGUACAUCUGACGGAGUCGUGCAUCCUCCUGUAGCUCAAAUCCUGUGCGUCGAGAAAUAUCUUGUGAACGUAGCUGCACUGUGAUGGACCGAGAUCACGUGACGACGGUGCUCGAGACUGGUGAUGUGUGAGCCUUCAGGCAUGGAGUCCUGGCAGCCAAUCCCACGCGCGCAGCCCUUCGUCCCGAAGCGAGGCGGGUGGUAUAACUCGCAGGCGGUCAUCGCCCGGCCCCUCGGAAGACGACGUGUCCUCACGAAGAUAUUCCAAGUGCUGUUGGUUGUGGUCCUGCUCAUUACAAUCGGCAUUAAUAUCAUGUUCAUCCUGGACACGAGCAGACGUCUUCACGAUGAGGUGCUGACAACAGGGGGUGGUGAGGAACUGGUUGAUGGGAAGAACCGGAGGAAUAACUUGAGGCUGCAGGAGAGCCAGCCCAAGUCCCUCGCCAUUGAGGUCGUCAGCAGCCAGUCCAAAGUGUCCGUGUCUGUCGACGGGACAACGAUCCUGGAAGACGAUGAAGAGCACAAGAGACGGGGCAUCCACGUUCUGGUGUUGAACCAGGCCAGUGGGAGUGUCAUGGCGCAACGCACGUUUGACACGUACUCUCCACACGAAGACGAGGCGAUGGCGCUGUUCCUGAACAUGGUGUCUGAUGGGAGAAUCAUCAUAUUUGCCAUAAAGGACGAAGGGACGUUUCAGAUGAAGCAACCCGCGCGUGACCUCCUGAAACGACUUGGGUCCAAGAGAGCGCAGGUUAUUGGCUGGAGAGACAUGUGGGCGAUGGCGACGCAGAAAGGCGCUAAGAUGUUCGGAGAAUCGUAUAGCAAGAGUACCGAGUUCAACACCUGGGGAGCUCCCGUAGUUCUUCGUACGGAAGUUCCUCUUGUACCAGUGGAAGACAGCGAGUGUGACUGGGCGGAUACGGAAGAAAACCGAAGACGAAGGGAGUUCUGUAACCAUAUCGAAGGGUAUGGGAGCGUGUGUAGUUGCACAGACCCUGCCCCACUGAUUUUCAACCCUGAACCAGUUCCGAAUAACCAAGUUCAUGACGUGCCUGUCGCAAUUAUAGCCAGCAACAGGCCUCACUACUUGUAUAGGAUGUUACGAUCUUUGCUGUCAGCGCACGGAGCAAACCCAGAAAUGAUAACAGUGUUUAUUGACGGAUACUUUGAGGAACCUCUUGAAGUCACCAAGUUGUUCGGGCUGCGAGGAAUUCAGCAUACACCAAUCGGAGUUAAGAACGCUCGAAUAUCACAGCAUUACAAAGCGACGCUCACCGCCACAUUCAACAUAUUUCCGAACGCCAAGCAUGCCAUAGUUUUGGAGGAGGACUUGGAUGUAUCACCAGACUUCUUCAGUUACUUCAGUCAGACCCUGCGCUUGCUGGAGGAGGAUGAGAUGCUAUACUGCAUCUCGGCAUGGAACGACCAGGGGUACGAACACACUAGCGACGACCCGAGUCUGCUGUAUCGCGUCGAGACGAUGCCGGGCCUGGGUUGGCUUCUCAAGAGAUCUCUGUAUAAGGAUGAACUGGAAUUCAAGUGGCCAACUCCAGACAAGAUGUGGGACUGGGACAUGUGGAUGCGUCUACCCGAGGUUCGGAAGGGAAGGGAAUGCGUGAUUCCGGACGUGUCUCGGACUUACCACUUCGGAUCUUCGGGUCUUAACAUGAACUCGUACUUUCAAGACGUCUACUUUAAAAAACAUUCCUUCAAUACUCAGCCCAGUGUCGAGCUCAAGAAUGUGGACAGUGUGAAGAAGAAUAACUAUGAGGAGCUGAUAGUCAGCUUGAUAAAACGGGGCACGGUGCUGGACCACAGCAAAUCACCAUGUGAAGAGAACUUCGUACCAGACAAGAAGGGCGAAGUCAACAUCAUGUUUAUCAAAAUGGAAGAACCAAAGGAUUUUGUAACGUGGCUGCAAGUCGCCAAGUGCUUCAAGAUUUGGGAUCUUGAUGCUCGGGGUUAUCACAAAAGCAUGUGGAGAAUGCAUUUGAAGGGCAGCGAAAUGCUUGUCAUCGGCGUUCCAAACUCAGAAUAUGCGAAAUACAAACCUUCGAAUAUCACUCCAAUUUACUUGGAACCUCAGAAACGUAAGACUAAAGUUAGGUAGCAGGACUGAGUACUGGAGAGUUUCUGCUGUCCAGCGUUGCCAUAAUACCAAGUCAUCUGCGAGCUGCGCCCAUUGUCCAGCAGGCAGAAGCUGCUGACCGCUUGAUGGAUCACACACAUAAUUUCCGUGUCCGUCGAGAAACCUUGUCUUUGUAAUUCAUAAGAUGCCAAAACUGUGCGCUGAUACGUUAAUGUGUUCUUUAUGUUGUGUGACAAUAAUAGCGAGAUGUAUGCAUGUUUACAAGAAUGCCAAGUGUGUAAGUGAAUGCAUGCCUCUAGAAAUGGGAGAGGAACAGCUGUGCCACAAAAACAUAGAUAUCUAACGCUACAGUGUCCUUCUCAUUUGUUAUUGUGCUACAUAACCCACUCUUAGAAUUUGACUUGGGGUUGGUCGGUGCUCUGCACAUUGCGAUUUACUGUGGCGUAAACUGACUGAAACAGAUAAUGGGUUUUAGGUUUUCACAGCGGUGAGUCUAAAGAUGGCUGCCUUCUGGGUUUUUGCGCUGUGUAGUCUGGUAAACAUCUUCCGGACUACACAUCGCUGCAACCCAGAAGACGGUCAUCUUCAUAUUCGUCGCCGUGAUAACUGCUAAUCUCACGUGACUGAAAUUGUUUCACUCAUUUAGCUAGCCAAUUUCUAGU